UGCCAGGCGGGGCGGUCUUGGCGGCUCCGCCAGGCCGAGGCUUCCCGGCCGCAGUCUCGGGUGAGCGUGUUCCCCCUGUAGAGGUGACAUGCGGCCCUCAGCCUCCGGUCUGGCCGCGAGCGACGGCGAAGACGGCGCGGACAGCACCCCGCUCUUGCGGGGCGCGCCGCGGGCCGGUGCGGCUCCAGUGUGCUGCUCUGCACGUUACAAGUUAGCAUUUUUGUCCUUUUUCGGUUUCUUCGUUCUCUAUGCUUUGCGCGUGAACCUGAGUGUGGCGUUGGUGGAAAUGGUAGAUUCAAAUACAACUGCAGCAAACAACAGAACCUCCAAGGAGUGUGCAGAGCAUCCAUCACUUCUAAAGGUGCCUCAUAAUCAAACGGGUAAGAGGUAUGCGUGGGAUGCGGAAACUCAAGGAUGGAUUCUCGGUGCUUUUUUCUAUGGCUACAUCAUCACACAGAUCCCUGGAGGGUAUUUUGCCAGCAAAAUGGGCGGAAAGCUGCUGCUCGGGUACGGGAUCCUCGGCACCGCUCUCUUCACACUGCUGACGCCCAUUGCUGCAGAUUUAGGUGCCGUGCCACUCAUUGUGCUCAGAGCACUGGAAGGACUGGGGGAGGGUGUCACCUUCCCAGCCAUGCACGCCAUGUGGUCUUCAUGGGCUCCUCCACUUGAAAGAAGCAAACUUCUCAGCAUCUCAUAUGCAGGAGCACAGCUUGGAACAGUGAUUUCACUUCCUCUCUCUGGAAUAAUUUGCUACUAUAUGAAUUGGACUUAUGUCUUCUAUUUUUUUGGUAUACUCGGAAUAUUUUGGUUUAUUUUGUGGAUCUGGAGAGUUAGUGACACACCAGAAACACACAAGACAAUCUCCAGUCAUGAAAAGGACUACAUCACUUCAUCAUUAAAAAGUCAGCUCUCUUCGCAGAAGUCGGUGCCCUGGAUUCCCAUUCUAAAAUCACUGCCACUCUGGGCUAUUGUCGUGGCACAUUUUUCUUAUAAUUGGACUUUCUAUACUUUAUUGACAUUGCUGCCUACUUACAUGAAGGAGAUCCUGAGGUUCAAUGUUCAAGAGAACGGGUUUUUGUCUGCACUGCCUUACUUUGGCUGUUGGUUAUGCAUGAUCCUGUCUGGUCAGACUGCUGACAGCUUAAGGGCAAAAUGGAAGUUUUCAACUGUAUGUGUUCGCAAAUCUUUCACACUUGCUGGAAUGAUUGGGCCUGCGGUGUUCCUGGUGGCUGCUGGAUUUAUAGGCUGUGACUAUUCUUUGGCUGUCGCAUUCCUGACUAUUUCAACAACCCUGGGAGGCCUUUGCUCUUCUGGAUUUAGCAUCAACCAUCUGGACAUUGCUCCUUCGUAUGCCGGAAUCCUGCUGGGCAUCACCAAUACGUUCGCCACCAUCCCAGGCAUGGUCGGGCCUGUCAUCGCCAAGAGUCUGACCCCUAACGAUACCAUUAGCGAAUGGCAAACCGUUUUCUAUAUUGCUGCUGCUAUUAAUGUAUUUGGGGCCAUUUUCUUCACACUGUUCUCCAAAGGUGACGUGCAGACCUGGGCUGUCAGUGAUUACCAUGGACACAGAAACUGAGGACACCAGGAAAGGCUCCUCCUCCUGUCUCCAUUAUUCUGUAUCAUGUUAUCUCCAAGUGCCUUUGUAUUCUAAUGUGUAAGAAUUCCAUAUACAGGGCCAGGGAUUUAGCUCAGCAGUAUAAGCGCCUGCCUGGCAAGUGCAAGGUCCUGAGUUUGAUUCCCAGUACCCAAAAAAAACAUAAACCAGUACCUGUAUUCAAUUUCUAAGGCUUGUAAUCAUGAAAUGUCACUGGUUUCCAGAUUAGUAAAAUUAGCUCUUUUUAAUUAAUACAUAUCUGCUGGACCUGGACCUUAUACUUUCCGUUCCAUACUGCUCACAAGCCAGGCUGCAUUAUGAAGUAGGAAACUUCCGACGUCAAGGCCACAGUUCGGGGAAUGAGACACGGUGACCCCUAGUACCUUUGCUUAAUUCAGCCCGCAGGUCCUGGUCAGCACCUGCUUGGCCACUUUCCUCAUACAAUUUACUAUCGGAUCUGGCUCCCUGGAUGACGCCAGCAGAUGCCCGCACUCCGACCCUUGCCUCAUGGACCCUGGCCAGCAUCCAUCGGAACAGCCUAGCGUCUGUGGCCUUUCUCCCGGGUUGCCUGUGUGGUAGCUUCCGGCUGCCGGAAGCUGUGCGGCCGCAGUGCAGAUGGCGCUUCAGGCUCCUCGCCCUGGCCCUGGACACCCAUCACAGGUGUCCCGGACUGAAGCUACAGGCCCAGGGUCAAAGGAGGUGUUUCAGUUAAACAUUUUGAACUUUAAUUUCACUUUUUUCAUCUUCCUCCAUGCGGACUCCUGGUUAGCUACCUGCAGCCCUGAGGGGCAGCAGCACCGUGGCCGAGCACCCAGACAGCAGUCAAAGGCUCGGGUGUGCUCCCCAGCACUGUGGAGAUCACACGAAUGAAGUGCAGGUGGCUUUCCGAGGCCACACACCUGAGGCCAGUAUAACCAUCUUUAUUCUUGACUCCUAAAAUCAUAUUUUUGCAGCUUUUUUCCUGAAACCUCUGACUGUUGAGAAUACCUGUGGGGUUUACAUGGAUUCAAAACUUGAUUUAUAUUUUGUUGUGUUUGCUCAACACUAUCUGUAACAUUUUAAUGAAUUAAAACUUUAAUGUAAUACAAUGUAAAUAUAUUUAUGUAAAUUUAUUUUUAAAUCUGUAAAUAUCAAUUGCUUUAAGUUGCUAUGAUGAUAUUUCUUUUAUAAAUCAGAAUAAACCUUAUGGAUUGACCUCAGGCUCCAACA